GCCUCGUGGCCCGCUCCCUUGGCUCAACCUUGGCAGUGCGGACCACAGACCGUCCGCUGACUACUAGAAUGCCCCAGGAAUAGCUGUUCUGGGGGCCAUUCAGCUAUAUUCAAGGAUUCAUUGCGAUUAGGGGUGUCCGGUGAAGACCUGGUGGAUCCAUCACGUGAGUUCUCUGUAAAAGGUUAUACUCGCAUACACGGCGGCCGGGUUCCUGCAGAGACAAGCCCAUACUAUUGAAAAAAGGAAGAAAUUUCGGUGAAUAGUAGAAUCGAGCAUAGCUUCUGGGCAACGACUCCACGGGGUGGUGUUGAGGCAAUACUGAGCACUACUUGGCAUGUACUCGACUCCUUUCUGUGAAGGAAUCCUACGUUCAAGUGUCGAUUUUGGCAACUGUUGGGAUGAGAGAUGAAAUAUAAAAGGGACACGAAAUGACCAGUAUUGAAACCAUCAGCAAAGUCAAGGCUUCAAAGUUCCACAGCAGACUUCGCAAUGGCGCCCAACAAUCUUUUCUACACGUUGUUUCUCUACAUCCCUCUUCUUCUGUUCAUUCGCAAUGUCUUCGCACAAGACGCUCCAUUGUUCGUUCAGGGAGGCUUCGAAGAUGCAACUGCUACCGAUGACACCUACAAUUCAGGAGGAACCAUCACUGUGAAUGGCUUCAAUAUCCAAGUCCCCAAGAACCUUCAAGUCCAAUUCCCCGCCGCAUGGGUCCCUUGGAAGGACUUUACAGCAGACAAGCAGUCCAUGUUGGGCUAUGAGAUCAACGUGAUUGGAAACUUCAUCAAUGGCAAGCCAAUUGCAGCCCAAGUCAUUGCCUACGAGUUCUUCGAGGGACUCAGCAGUGGAUUCAUCGAGUCUUUGAACUUUGCUGAGGGAACCAUGAAGAUUGCCUCGGGUCCCACUGUUCGCAUCAGUGACCCCAAUGCCGUCUUCUCCGUUGGCUACACCCAAGCACCUUUCUUUACCGCUGAUGAUGAGAGCCCGAGCAUUUCUUCUUUCUCAGGCUUUCCCAUGUGUAUCCCAAGGAGCACAUCUGACCCGCUUUGUCCAUCUACCAACCGCCCCUUCCAGGGCUCCGGUACAUUUUCUGUCCCAGACCCACUUUCCAUGGCACCCUUCCUCGUCGGCGACUUUGUCACGUUCUCAGGUAUCCGACGUGGUAACGAGGUCAUUGCCUACAGCAUCGUCGCCCAGAAUGUUAUGAUCACCACGCUGGGCGAUCUUGUAUACCUACGCAUGGAGCUCGGUCUCCUCGGAAUUGACAACAUCAGCCCCAACACUGAGCUCGCAGAGUCUCGCUUCAUCGGAUUCGCAUCCAACCCACGAACCACAGUAGCCCUCUACGCAAUGGACACUGACCCUUGCACCGGCAAAGUCACAGACCGCAUCAUCGCAACCAUGGGUCUCCGCGGCGGCCGCAACGAGCAAAACAAAUUCGAGUACCGAUCUGAUAUUCUAGGCGGCUACGCACGAGAAUACCGGGUUGUCGCGGAAAUCAACGGUGUGCCCAAGACACGCACGACCAAGAACGGACUUCUGGCCGGCACAUACGUUCAGCCCAUCAACGUCUGGGUCCACGGCGAGCAAGUCAUUCCGGGAACGGCUCCGCCAGCCAAUGACUUUAGCCAGAUGCCUUGGUUGACUAACGGCAUUGGCGUUGACGAGAACGGCAAUCUGUGGGGUCCUCUGGAUCCUUUCCCUCAAACUGGUGUUUUCAUUGAUCCUCCUCAGUGCGGGCCUGUGAGCCAGUUGAUGUUUGAAGGUGAUAACUUGAACACUACUUGGGCUCCUUCUGGUAAGUCUGUUCCACCCCUACCCUUUGUAACUUGUACACGACAACAUUGCUAA